AGUUUAAGCGCCUCAUAAAGGUUGCAAUGCCAAACUGACUACGGAGUCGGACUUCCAUUGUUGAACUCUGACCCACACGGGCGCAUUGUCUCGGGCCUUUUGUGCUAAUCAUCAUCGCUAGUUGGCAGCUCCCAGGACCAGUAGCCCUGGCCAACUAUUUAGCCAAGGUGACGAGGCAAGGAUUGCCAGGCACUUUGCAGCUCAACCACACCGACACCCAAUCUGAAAGGAGAAGUCGUCGCCGAAGUAGGAGUAGUAGCAGAAGGAGGCAGCAGCAGCAGCAGCAGCAGAAGGCGCGGGGCAACCAUUCAAGCCAAGAGCCACGCGAUACAAACAAGCCAAGGACAUGGACUCCCCGCUGCCAGCGUCGCUGUCGCUGUUUGUCCUGUUGAUCUUUCUGGCGAUAAUUAAAGAAAGCUGUCAAGGACCACAUGAAAAACGCCUGCUAAAUCACCUGCUGUCCACCUAUAAUACACUGGAGCGACCGGUGGCCAAUGAAUCGGAACCUCUGGAGGUGAAGUUUGGACUGACGCUGCAGCAGAUCAUCGACGUGGAUGAAAAGAAUCAGAUUCUGACCACAAAUGCGUGGUUAAAUUUGGAGUGGAACGACUACAACCUCCGCUGGAACGAAACGGAAUAUGGCGGGGUCAAGGAUCUACGAAUCACGCCCAACAAACUGUGGAAGCCCGACGUGCUCAUGUACAACAGCGCGGAUGAGGGAUUCGAUGGCACGUAUCACACCAACAUUGUGGUCAAACAUAACGGCAGUUGUCUGUACGUGCCCCCUGGUAUCUUCAAGAGCACAUGCAAGAUAGACAUCACGUGGUUCCCAUUUGAUGACCAACAUUGCGAUAUGAAAUUCGGUAGUUGGACUUACGAUGGAAAUCAGUUGGAUUUGGUUUUGAAUUCCGAAGAUGGAGGGGAUCUUUCCGAUUUCAUAACAAAUGGCGAGUGGUACUUGCUUGCCAUGCCGGGAAAGAAGAAUACGAUAGUCUACGCCUGCUGCCCAGAACCAUAUGUCGAUAUCACCUUUACUAUACAAAUACGUCGCCGUACAUUAUAUUAUUUUUUCAAUUUAAUCGUGCCAUGUGUGCUAAUCUCAUCGAUGGCCCUCUUGGGCUUCACAUUGCCGCCGGACUCGGGCGAGAAGCUGACGCUGGGCGUAACUAUACUACUAUCAUUAACAGUAUUUCUAAACCUUGUCGCCGAGUCCAUGCCGACAACGUCGGAUGCUGUUCCUCUUAUAGGAGUUACAAUUCUUCUAUCGCUCACAGUGUUUCUCAACCUUGUAGCUGAGACAUUGCCCCAAGUAUCUGAUGCAAUCCCCUUGUUAGGCACCUACUUCAACUGCAUCAUGUUCAUGGUCGCAUCGUCGGUGGUGUUGACAGUAGUGGUGCUCAACUAUCACCAUCGCACAGCGGACAUUCACGAGAUGCCACCGUGGAUUAAAUCCGUUUUCCUACAAUGGCUGCCCUGGAUCUUGCGAAUGGGUCGACCCGGCCGCAAGAUCACACGCAAAACAAUACUAUUAAGCAAUCGCAUGAAGGAGCUGGAGUUAAAGGAACGCUCCUCCAAGUCCCUGUUGGCCAAUGUCCUUGACAUUGACGACGACUUUCGGCACACAAUAUCGGGCUCCCAAACCGCCAUUGGUUCAUCGGCUAGCUUUGGCCGGCCCACAACGGUGGAGGAGCAUCACACAGCCAUUGGCUGCAAUCACAAAGAUCUUCAUCUAAUUCUCAAAGAAUUGCAAUUUAUUACGGCGCGCAUGCGCAAAGCUGACGACGAAGCGGAAUUGAUUGGCGAUUGGAAGUUCGCGGCAAUGGUUGUGGAUAGAUUUUGUUUAAUUGUUUUCACGCUCUUUACGAUUAUUGCAACGGUUACUGUGCUGCUCUCGGCUCCGCACAUAAUCGUGCAAUAAGGACGCUCGAAUUAGACAAUUAAGCUAACGGAUAUGGAAACAUCUGCGGACGAGAGAUGCCUAGUUAAGUUCUUUUUCAAAAC